CGCGGGGCCGGCGCCGCGGCGACAAUAAGGGCGGCAAAACAAGCAAGACAGAAGGACCCCGGCCUCUGCUGAGCCGGGCGCUCGGAGGGAACCGUCCGGAGGGCCCCAGUAGCGCGAGGAGCAGCCGCAGCCGCAGCGCUGCUCCCGCUAGGCGGGAGGGACGGAGGGAAGGACCCUCCCAUCCCAACUCUUUCCUUCAGCCGCUGGCGGCUUGUUCCUGGGCGGGCCGCCCCCUUGCGGGGCUCCACUGCUCUCACACGCCCCACGGACCCGGAGGAGGAUGGCAAACCGGCGGUUACAGUAAGGGCAGCCCUGCGUGAGGAGCAGCGAGAAGGGGACGAAGCCAGCCGGCGCGAGAAGCAGACAUGGCCAACGAGUCGCUUCAGAGUGAUCCAGGCAGCUGGUCAGUGCUGGAGCACCUAGGCCUGGAUCAGAGCUCGGAUUUCUCAGACACUAGUGUGCAGCAGAAGUUAGAUGAAGAGAAAGAAAAGAUUAAGCGUGAAAUCCGCAAAGAGCUGAAGAUCAAAGAGGGAGCAGAGAACCUACGCAAGGCCACUACAGACCGUAAAAAUCUCUCCAAUGUGGAGAACUUGCUCAAGAGCUCCAACCGCAAGCUGGAGGCCCUGCACCACCAACUGCAAGACCUCAAUGCACACAUUGUGGUCAAAGACCCUGAAGAGCUGGGGGUUGCCCCCCAGUCACCAGGCAGCCUGAGCCGAUCAACAGCUACCAAAAACCGUAUUGCUGGCUUGGAGAAGCAGCUAAAUAUUGAGCUGAAGGUGAAACAGGGUGCAGAGAACAUGAUCCAGAUGUAUGACAACGGUGCUGCUAAGGACCGGAAGCUGCUGCAGACAGCCCAACAGAUGCUACAGGACAGCAAGACCAAGAUCAAUAUAAUCCGUAUGCAGAUCCGCAAGGCUAUGCAAGCUGAUGAGGUGCAGCUGAAUGUGGAAGAUGGGCAAGGUAACACUGAUCUGAGUGCCAUAGAGUUGAGGAUUGAGGAGCUGCGACACCACUUCCGGGUGGAGCACGCUGUAUCUGAGGGGGCCAAGAAUGUAUUGCGUCUACUGGGCUCCAGCAAAGUUCAGGACCGCCAUGCCAUCUCUGAGGCACAGAACAAGCUGAAUGAGUCAAACCAGAAAUUGGACCUUUUGCGUCACUCUCUGGAGCAACGUCUUGGUGAGCUGCCACAAGACCACCCCAAGGGCUGCAUCAUCAAAGAAGAGCUUAUCCUCGCCUCCUCCCCUGCCUUCAGUGCUCGCAAUACCACUACCUACCAACACAACCAGUACAACACCCUUUCAAAGCCAUCUCCACUGACAGGCACAUUGGAGGUGCAGUUGUUGGGCUGCAAUGGGUUGUUGGAGCAUGUCCCAGGACGUAGCCGUGGCUCCACUGUCUCUCUACCUUGCAACAGCCCUGGCGAAGCACGGCCCUCUUUCAUGAGCCGGAGUGGGCGAGGGUUGUACAGCCGGAGUGGUAGUGUAAGUGGCAGGACCACCAUCAAAACUGAAGAUAUCAGCAAUGAAGUGAGUGCUGUACUGAAGCUAGAUAAUGCAGUUGUAGGCCAGACAGCCUGGAAACCCAGUGGCCUGCAAGCCUGGAACCAGAUUUUCACUGUGGAGCUGGAGAGGGCAAGAGAGCUGGAGAUUGGUGUAUACUGGCGUGAUUACCGCAGUCUUUGUGCCCUGAAAUACCUCAAGUUAGAAGACUUCCUUGACAACCAACGCCAUGAAAUCCACUUGGAAUUGGAGCCACAAGGCACUCUCUUGGCAGAGGUAACUUUCUUCAACCCUGUCAUUGAACGCAUUCCCAAGCUCCAGCGACAGAAGAAGAUCUUCUCCAAGCAACAAGGGAAGGCUUUCCUGCGUGCCCGGCAGAUGAACAUUGAUAUUGCAACAUGGGUACGGCUCCUGCGACGCAUCAUCCCCACUGCCAACACCACAGGCACCUAUAGUCCCUCAACACAGAUGACCCCAACAUCUGGCUCAGAGAGUAGGCAUAGUCUCAACUCUGGGGACAUUGCUAUUGAGAAGCUGAGCUUGGAAGGGGACCGAUUGCAAGUGGAACAAGUAGACCAGGAUGACAAUGAGCUACCUAAUAAGGUCUUGUUGACCCCACGGGUGGGCGAUGAAAUUCCUUUCCAGGUGGAGCUGGGCUCAGGAGGUGAGGCCAGAGGGUCUGACAGUACUUUUCACAGCAUCCUUAGAAAAACACCUCUCACUAUGGAUGAUUUUCGAUUUGCAGCUGUGCUUGGUCGUGGCCAUUUUGGCAAAGUGCUACUGUCUGAGCUACGUCGGACAGGGGAGCUUUUUGCUAUCAAAGCCUUGAAGAAGGGUGACAUUGUUGCAAGGGAUGAAGUGGAGAGCCUGAUGUGCGAAAAACGAAUAUUUGAGGUUGUGACCCAUGCCCGGCACCCCUUCCUAGUGAACCUCUUCGCCUGUUUCCAGACACCUCAGCAUGUCUGUUUUGUAAUGGAGUACACAGCAGGUGGAGACCUUAUGAUGCACAUCCACACAGAUGUAUUCACUGAACCACGUGCUACAUUUUAUGCUGCUUGUGUAGUCCUAGGGCUGCAGUUUCUUCAUGAUCAUAAAAUCGUAUACAGGGACCUGAAGCUGGAUAACUUAUUGCUGGACAUGGAAGGUUUUGUGAAAAUUGCAGACUUCGGCCUCUGCAAGGAAGGGAUGGGAUAUGGUGAUCGCACCAGCACAUUCUGUGGGACACCAGAGUUUCUGGCUCCUGAAGUUCUGACAGACACUUCGUACACACGAGCAGUUGACUGGUGGGGCUUGGGUGUACUUGUAUAUGAAAUGCUUGUAGGGGAGUCCCCCUUUCCUGGAGAUGAUGAAGAGGAAGUAUUUGACAGCAUUGUGAAUGAUGAAGUGCGCUAUCCUCGCUUCCUUUCUACAGAAGCCAUUGGUAUCAUGCGCCGGUUGCUGCGACGGAACCCAGAGCGGCGCUUGGGCUCCAGUGAGCGUGAUGCUGAAGAUGUGAAAAAGCAGCCGUUUUUCAGGAGCAUCGAGUGGGAAGCCCUGCUGGCCCGUAAGAUCAAGCCACCAUUUGUGCCAGUAAUCAAGGGCCGAGAAGACAUCAGCAACUUUGAUGAGGAAUUCACAGCUGAGGCACCUAUGCUGACUCCGCCCCGUGAAUUACGGCCCCUCACCCAAAAGGACCAGGAUGCCUUUAAGGACUUUGACUAUGUUUCUAAUGCCUGCUAGCUCUGGCAGUGGGGGGUGAGGAGAUCCCCAACAAUACUGCCAGCCUUAUAGGGCAGGAUUCUGCUCCAUUAGUGACUCAUAUGCUUGCUAGCCCUGCCUGCUAGCUCUAGGGGUGGGGCUAGGAAAGCCCAGCAACACUGCCAGCCUCAUGGGGUAGAGAAAUGUUCACCAUCAUGUACCAGGUCUGCAAAUAGGUAGGGAAAUACUUCUGCAUGCUGCAGGAUAUGACAUCAAGCAUGCAGAUACCAUGGACACAUGCUAGUUCCAAGGAAGUGGCAAGAGACAGGCGGCCAGCCCCGUCUAGCAGGUAAUAUUGACUGAGAGAUUUGAGCAAUGAAGUCUCAGUGAAAACACCUUUUCUUCAUCUGUUCCCAGACUUCCUACUGAACCAAGCAGAAAUAAUUUUCCAUAGUUAGGGGCCCAUGGGUGUUGAAACCAGAGAACCAUUCCCUAACCCCAGCACACACAUCUUAGAGCCUCCAACAUGGAAAAAAGUACAAGCAGUGUUGCAAAGAAACAGCUUGCCCUGCUGGUACUGUUCUCAAAAGCUUUUUAUUCAAAUCCCUAACCCUAAACGAAAACCCCUUACUCCUUUUCUGCACCAUUGCCAUGUACCUGCCUGUAAAAGUCCUGCAACCUAUUGGUAGGUUCAUUCCCACCAUUUGGAAAUGACUGAAUUAUACUACAUUUCCUUCCUAUAUCCUCGCUCACUUUCUGAGACUUAUCUACUGCUGUGCUAACAGACUAACUCAAGUGUAGGAAGCAGACAGGGUUUUGAGACCCUUGUCCACAUUCCUCUCCUGGUUCCAUUCUGUAGCUUUUGAACAAAAAAAGUCUGUUUUUGUUUUCUACUGCUGCUGACAUCCUCAUUCUUUCCUUGAUCUGCCAAUGAGAGAAGUCAGUGGAUAUCUAGAUCCCACUCACAUGCAUCCCAUGUUGAUCAAGAUGAUAUACUGUAGAGUUGCCAAGACUGGUGAAAAAAAUGUUCAGUCCCUUUACCAGUGCCUUAAUGUGUGGAAAUGGGCAGCUGAAACUUUUCAAGGCAUGGAGGUAAAUAACAUCCCAUCAAAGGGACAGGGCGCUGUUUCUCCUGGUAGUUGGUAAAUCCGUGUGCAGGGCUGUAGGCAGCUCUGAACCUGAGCUCUGACACUUCAAGGUUUUAUUGUGAAAGGGACAACACAGGCAUGGGAAAGAGUUGUGAGUAGCCUUUAUGGGGUAGGCACCAUUCUACACAAUCACAGCAAAAUUCUUCUCAAAACAUGAACAACAGUGGGAAGCUCCAUCUGCACUUACACACAGCUGGUCCUUUUUGAAAUAUCCCCAGUAGACUCUGUCCAGCAACCUGGGCACUAAUCAUGUAAAGUUAGCCCAGCCCCCUUUCUUCAGUGCCUGUUGGAAGAAGUACUAUUUUUGUUAGCUUGUCCUUGGCACUG